AAAAAAUACAUCAUAUUUGACACAGUUGACAUUGACACAUACGUCACAGUAAUUUGACGUUUAAAAAUAUUUAUAUUUAUAGAAAUUUUCAAUCAAAAACUAAUUAAUAGUGUCGUAAUUGUUGUAUUAAAUGUGCCAAAGAGAUAACGGAAAGUCGUAGUGCUUUUUAGUUAAUUAAUGAUUAAUAUGUAUCUAAUAAUAAAUGAUGUUUUGUCGAGUAUCAUUGUAAAUAUGAGCGGAAAAUCGGAAAUUUGUGAUCAAAGAACUAUUAUUAGCAAUGUUUAUCUGUGACAUAAGUUUCUAGCAACCAGUAAAUGUAAAUGGCAAAUUCAUUAAAACGUUGUAGUUCGCGAAGGAGAAUUGCCGCUCUUUCGUUCUUGUCAAAUAUAACCCUCGAUGGCAGCUACAAGGAUACGAAAUUAUCUAUUCUAUCUAAAAAUGGUUCUGUUGGAAAGACGUCGCUCACGUGUACCGAAGAAGUCCUUCAAGAGGAAGAAGCAGAAAACGCGGAAGGGACAUAUUCGUUAGACGUGCAAGUUAAUAAAGAAAAAUUAACACCGAAUUCCAAUUACGAGAAAAAGCCUUGCAUGAAAUAUAAAGCCAACAAUAGCGAUUCUGAAACGGAGAGUGUCAUUACACCAAUCAAAACGCACGUGGAAGAAUUUACUAUCAAGUGUAGAACAACUAAAGACAAGUUCGACGAACCAAAAAUAAUUCCAAAGAUCCUGAAAAAAUUGCCCCAUCAAGUAUCCAUAUGCAGCGAUUUCGUCGAGAGAAGAAACACCAGCAGUUCGGAGAGUCUGGGAUCCGUCACGUUUCGAAAUAAAAAUGUACUGGAAGAAGAUGUCAGGAAAAUAUCCAUUUUCAAGCCCACGAAAGACCACAAAUUUCGCGGAGAAAGACUCGUCUUUGUCACUGCAAAGCAUUCGCCUUUUAUGGUUUGCUCUUUCAUACCUUACAAGAAAAAUUUCAGGUCUGAUCUAAAGCGUGAAGGUCAGAGGAAAAGGACAGCUUCUGGUAACAGACCUCUAUCGACCAGCGGAGAUGGAUUCGAUCCCUUCGAUUCCCUCGGAAUAGAACGAGGUAGAGAUGGGCAGGAACACUCUUAUGGUUACCUGUUGGAGCCUUCGAAACAUAACAAAGACGUUCCCAAAAGGAACACAAUCGAUGAUCCAAGCGAGCAGCCAGAUUCACACAGAAGAAACGUUCGUCACUUUGUCACAAGAUGUUCAUCGUACGAUCCUCCGUCUCAAAGACCCUUGUCGCAUUUGCUGACUCCCCCGAUUAUCCAGAGCGAAAUAAAAGAGGAGAUUUCUUUGAAAUGUUACGCUUAUCAUCCAGAUCUUCUGGAUGAUCCCGAAUUGAUUGUGGGAAAACAUAGGACUGUGUUGACUUUCACUUCCUACAUGACGUCCGUAAUUGAUUAUGUUAAACCGUCGGAUUUGAAAAGGGAAAUUAACGAGAAAUUUAAAGACAAAUUUCCGCAUAUCGAUCUAACCCUGAGUAAAUUACGGAGUUUGAAACGAGAAAUGCGCAAAAUAGCUAAACAAGAAUGCAACAUCGAUCUACUGACUGUAGCACAGGCGUUUGUGUACUUUGAAAAAUUAAUACUCAGAGGUGUUAUUCACAAGCAGAAUCGCAAGUUAUGCGCCGGGGCCAGUUUGAUACUGUCGGCGAAAUUGAACGACGUUAAAGGGGAUACUUUGAAGUUGUUAAUGGAAAAAACGGAAACCACGUUUAGAUUGAAUCGCAAAGAAAUGGUCGCUUCGGAAUUUGCUGUUCUUGUUGCUUUGGAAUUCGGCUUGCACCUGCCUACUUACGAGGUGUACCCGCAUUAUCAAAGAUUAUUGUAUGAGUCCUAAAUCGUAAUGCAACGAGUAAUGAAAUGCUUCAUGUUAGUAAAUUGAUUUUUUCUCUGCAAAACAGCAUCAGUUAAAGGAAGUUAAUGUAAUAAAUAAUAUAAUCGUUUCAUUAUUUGGUGGCAGAAUUUUGUAAUAUUUGCAGAUUGUCGAGGGGCAUAUUUUAUGACAGUUUUACUGCAACAUGACGAGGAGACUCUCUUAACAUUUGUUCCUUUUAUUUUUGUUUUUUCUUAGUGUUUAAUUUGGCCAUUGUGCUUUCUCUUGUUGAAAAAAAUAACUAGUUAAUUUAUUGCUAGGAAAAAUUUCUCUAUAACAAUUUAGCUAAUGAAUAAAACUGUAAUUUCUUAGCCAAAUUGUGUGAUUUUUAGCACUGUAUUUAUCUAUUGACAGAAAAUGACUCGAGGUACUUAAUAAUUACGUGUUUUUUCACUUUUUUAUAUGGACUGUUUAUAAAUUUGUCAUUUCUAUAAUGGUAUAUGUAUAUGACAUUAGACCAUUGUUGUUAAGUUUGCGUUAUUAUCAAACUAUAAAACUAAUUUUAAAUUAUAACAAAUCCUAGUCAAUUUGUGAGGAUUUCUUAUUACGACUUUUUAUUGAUAAGUAUUCUUAAUUAGAACUAAUGUACUCCAAAAUAUAGGUACAAAAUGUAUAAAUAAAAAUGUUACUUUGAAAUGUUCAAUAUUUUUGUUAAUUAAAUCAAUUAUCCGUGAGGACUAUUUUCUUAUUCAAGCUCAUUUUUACAAUCACU